AUUGGAGAGCGCAACAAGCCUCAGGCAUCAGUGCACGCCCGUCGACCGGAGUAGACCCUUAGUCUCUGCUGUGUUCGGCUGAGAUCCUGGAAUGGACUGCGCUCGGUGAUGGAAUCAUCUCCCGCUCCCCCAUUCUUCGCUCUUUUCGUCCCCUUCGUGGCUUUUCACGACCUCUUUCGCUCUUCGGUUUCGAUCUUGUCUUUCGCUUGCGUCGUCGACCUUCCUUUCUUUUUCUAUCUUCCGACCUCGCCGUCUCUACCCUCGCUCUCCCUCCCACUCGCUCCUCCCUUUUCCUAUCUAUCUCUUUCUUACCUCCCACCCCUGUUCACCCUUGGCAGUCUAGUGGCUGCAUAACGCGCUGGAAACCGCAGUCCUGGAUACCAGUCCUGGCUAUUGACUGCUCGAGUUCCCCCCCGUCAGACCUUCGUUUUUGUUUCUCCCGGCCCGCACAUUUCUCGCCCGCACAACGCGAUCGAU